UAUACAGUGGCGAACAAAUUAAUCCGAACAAAGGGAAAUUUUGGUCUAUUGUUGGGAAUUUUCCCCUCAGUGGCAGCCUGCUUACCCAGAAUGCAAUAAGGUCAUGUUUGGUAAUUGAGGUUAUGUUGCUGAUAUGUACACAUACUGAUUUAAGUGUUUUUAUCUGGUUAUAUAAGUGGAUUUAUAUUAGUUUCUGUGUAUUACCAUAUUUAGUGUAUCAAGUCACAAAGACGUACAGUCUACAACAAUGGAUAUUACUCCACGGAAACGCUCAAAAAUUGUUGCAUUGUCUCAACACACACAAAUGACUCAAAGACAGAUUGCUAGUGAGUGUAGUGUAGGGUUAGGUACAGUGAAUGACAUUAUCAAACGUUUUUGUGAUACAGGUUCCUUCUCACCAAAAAGGAAAGGAAAAUGUGGCCGAAAAAAGAAAACUACGCCAACACAAGACAGAUUACUGUAAGAAAAAGUCAAAUAAAUCCGAGAAUGACCGCUGUUGAUCUUAAUAGGGAUUUAAGAGCUAGUGGGACCAAUGUUUCUGACAUGACAGUUCGUAGGAGAUUGCUCGCAGCUGGGAGGGUUGCUAUCAAACCUAAAAAGAAACAGUUAUUGACCAAAGCCAUGAUGUCAAAAAGACUCCAAUGGGCAAAAAAUCAUAAAGACUGGACUAUUGAAAUGUGGAAAAAUGUGAUAUUUUCGGAUGAGACGCAUUUCUUUGUACAAGGCGAGAAAGUACCCUACGUCCGUAAGUCAGCAGAUGAGAAGUUGUCGCCUGCCCAUUUGCAACAAGCUCCUAAAUACCCACAAAAAAAAUGUUUUGGGGUUAUUUUACCCAUGAGGGGACAGGAGCACUUGUACCUGUAGAAGGAAUGAUGAAAUCGGACCAGUACAUGGACAUAUGCCAACGUAGAAUCGUCCCACUCAUGCAAAGGAAUCCAGAUCUCAUUUUCCAACAGGAUCUUGCGCCAUGUCACACUUCUAAAAAAAUGAAAGCAUUCUUCAGAAAUCAACAUAUUGAGGUUUUGUCGUGGCCAGGGAACUCUCCCGAUCUAAACCCAAUAGAGAAUCUUUGGGCAAUAUUAAAGAAAAAACUUGGGAAAAUGGAUUGUUGCAGAAAAGAUGAACUAAUCAAGUCGGUAAUUCGGGUCUGGUUUCACGAUGAAGACAUUAAAAACCAUUGUUCUACACUGGUGGAAUCAAUGCCAAAGAGGGUUAAUGAGCUCAUCAAAAAUAAGGGAGGUCAUAUAAACUACUAAUAGCGUGUAAGUUGUUUCAUUGUAUACUAUACAUGUACAAAUAAAGUUUUCUGUCAAAAUU